CGACUGCUACCCAUCACCCGAUCACCCUCUCCUGCCUCGCAUCUGCAGUGCCUACCUUCUCUUCUUCUUCCUCCUCCAUUAUUAAAGCCCUCCUCGCCCUCUCCGCCUCUCCGAUCACCUACUCGUCCGAGCCUCUCCAAGAUGACGCUCCUUGGUUGGAUGCACCGGAAGCUGCGAAGUAAUAACGACGUGUUCAAAGAGUUCAACACCGCCGGAGGUGGGGCCUGCAACUGCAUCGCUGGACUAGCCUCACCGGACGAUGAGUACUACGGUGAUGAUGCUUUCGUCGCCAACAAUCCUUCACCGCCGGUCAACGCCGACGACCUCUUCACCUUCGGCGGCAGUGGCCUCCUCACCAUUGGCACGCUAGGCUUCGCCGCCGUUAACAUUCCUGGAGAACAUGAGGGUGAUGGAGAUUAUGACGUCGAUGAUGAAGACUGUGUCGACAUUGACCUUGACAGCAUCGAUGGCACCAUCGGGGAAGUUGAUAAUGGUGAUGUUGAGGAUGGUGCCGCCACACCUACCUUCACCUUCCCCCAGCUUGAGGCUACCGCCACCGAGAAGGUGAUGGUCACCGUCGAGGCGAUCGCGGAGAAAGAUGAUGUCGCCACCACGGAGGACGACCUCAUGUUGGUGAGCGCUGAGUUGGAGAAGUUCCUCGGGGGCAGCAACGUGCCGUCGGCGCGAGUGAGCUUCGCCAUGGGGAUCGAUUGCCCAUUGCAGGGCUUCCUACUUGGUUCCCCAGUGUGCAGCGACACUGAAUCAUGGCCAGAGAAGCCAAACGGCGGUGGACGUCGUGCCUCGCUUGGUGAGCUGUUCAUGCGGACACGCUUCACGGAAGAGAAGGGGGCCCUGGUCGCCGUCCAAGAGAGCGAGGAUGGUGGGGAAAGGGAGGAAGGGCAAGUAGGGAAAGGCGGAGACGGCGGUCACAAAAGGACGAAGAAGUGGAGGGUGAAGGAUGAGAAAGGCGCUGGCGGUGACGGAGUGCCAGCCAGUGCAACGGCCAAGAGCAAGUUUCAAAAGAUCCUGAAAAUCUUCCACAGGAAAGUCUACCCUGAAAGCACUAUGCUGACCAAGAAGAACCGCAAGCGGGGUACCCCAGACAACGGCGGCGGUGGCGGUGCCACCAACGAGUCGGUGCCCUCACCGACUCCGAAGAAGACCGGGCCACGCAGGCUGAGCUUCGGCUGCUGCUGCACGAAGCGCUCCUUCAGCGCCUCCCUUGUUGACGACGGCGGUGAGGAGCUCAACGGCGACAAGAGUGGCCACUGGAUCAAGACCGACGCAGACUACCUGGUACUGGAAUUAUAGAUGGAUGCAAGGAAGCAGGAAGAAUCAACAACUGUUGGCCUGAACGUGAUGAUGAACGAAUGGAGCAUAUAUAGUGAGUAUGUAUCAUAUGUGUUUUCCAAUCCUUAUCCCCCUGAAUGUGUUGUAUGUGUCAAGAGCAUAAAGAGGGAAAACGACUGUGAAAUUAUAUCAAUCAAGUGUGUGGUGAUGUGUACAUGUCCCUGUGGGCUUGUGACAGAGAUCACCACGACGUGUACUAAGAUUUGAUUUGCCUCCUGUUGAUGCGAUUGGUGCUUUGAGAACUUA